AUAAAAUGUGUGCUCAACGACUAAGGGGAGACAUGGAGGUACCUGAACACCUACAACACCUACAACACCGUCGACACCUCCCUUGUGUUCUUCUUCUCCAGAUUCCCAACACACGAAGUACACACCACCAACUGUACUCAUAUUCCUCCAUACCAUGAUCUUAUCUCUACUCAAGGAGGGCGAGGCCAGAGUCGAGGAUACCUUGCACAAGGGCUAUGCCCCGCCAUCCUUUUCGCACAACUUGGAGCUCAUAUUCAUCCAGGACAACAGGAGUGCAGCUUCCCUUUCGAUGAAGACCAAGAUUGCGAGCACGAGCGAGAGAGCUGCACGUCUGCGCACAUUGGAGCCGCCAACGUUACUCUGGUGGGCUACGGCAUUUCCUAUGAGGGAGUGGUCCGGAGGGAGGAAGAUCAACAGCAACACAUUCGAUUCCCUGCUCAGGCACGCGUCUCGACAGACAGCUUAUUCGCCGUCACUGCGGGCAGUGCUAUGGGAUGACAUGGAACAUUUGAGGCAAAAACAUCCAUCUUGUGAGAUGCUGCAAGAGUUCUUAAGUGGUCAGUGCGGGGACGUAAUUUAAUAUUAGUACUGUUGUCGGGUUUCCUAGAAUAGACGCAACUAACUGCAGUCUAGCUAUUAUGCAGCAGGACCUUGUAAAUGACGGUAAAGGAAUUCCAACAGCCAUUCAAGGUAUGUUUGAAGCAUUUGAUGGCCACGCGAAUAAUUGUUAAACUGUUAAACUGUAGCAUUAUCACAGGAAGGUCGAUACAUCAGUCUCACCGGGGCUCGAUAUGAUUGUCUCCCCAAACUUCCCGACCUGCUCCGCUACGGCAUUGAAUGUUCACGAAAAUACCAGGAAGAGACAAACAAUCCUCCCCUGAUUUCAACGGCACUUGAGAUAUUUCUGCCCCUAGAUCCAAAUGAGGAUGAGGCAUACGCAGUAGUGCCUAUUUGUACAAGGGAAGCUUGGCACAUAAUGCAGGAGCUCAAGAUGAUCGAGGAAGAACCGUGUUACUAGAAGGGCGUCAUGCGCGCGUUUCUACUCGUUGGAUUUGUUCUUGUCUAUUUAGCCUUUGUUAUGGUAUUUUUUAGAGAAGAAAGAUGAG